CUUUCUUUCAACCAUCAUCCAUGGGGAGCUCACAUCUGCAAUUUUAUUAUUUGUUUUGAGGUUAGAUUUCCUUGAGCUGAAAUAAAAGUGAAAAUUUUCCUCUUUCCUGCCAGACCGAUCAGCAGCAGUCUAAAUUCUGUGGCGCAGUACACGGACAUCGAAAAGUGUCAUUUAACUAUACUAGAAAGCCGUGUAAAAGGUUUUGCGUACAGUUGUGCUUAUCGGUCGGCUUUGGGAACCCGAGUCGCAUCUCUACCAUCGGCGUAUUUUAAAUCAUUUCAUUUUGUUCGUGUUAAGAAAAACGUGAUAGAGGUGAAAAAUGGAACAGAUUAUUAAAAAUUUGCUGGUAGCUGACAACGAACUGAUACAACAGGCUAGCGCCGAGCUGAAGGAAGCCUUCAAGCACCCGGAGACCAUCACCCAGCUCUGUGAGCUCGUCGUCAGCAACAAGGAUGUCCAGGUGCGUCAGUACAGUGCAGUGCUGUUGAAAAAACAGCUCGGUAAACUGCGCCACUGGCAGCAAAUUCCUGCCGAACAGCAGGCUCUCAUUAAGCAGGGAAUGCUGGAGGCGAUCGUCAAGGAACCGGAGAAGCCCGUCCGUAACGCCAUUACCGCUUUCGUGGGUGUGCUGGUACGCCAUGAAGCGGCCAAGGAUGACGGCUGGAUGGGCGAGGUGCUCAAAUUCAUGCUGGACGGCACUAGCGCUAGUGAUUCUAAAAUGGCCGAAAUCGGUUCGGCUACUUUUUCCACACUGACCUACAUUUCGCCGGAUCAAUUUAUUCCACACUUUGAAACAAUCUGUCAGCUGUUUUCGUCGGCGCUGAUGGCAACGGAAGCAAGUGGAGACAUGGCUACUCCCGUAGUGUUUAACAUUCUACAGGGAAUGUCUCAUCUGGUUCCGUUCAUCACCGGUCAUCCCACGGCGGAAAAUACCUACCAGGCUUCGAUUCCGUACGUGGUGAAAGCACUCGUUGGGUUCGCACAAAAAGAUUCUUUCAAAUUCAUCGAAGCUUUCGAUAUCUUGGAAAACCUUGCCGACGAAUCAUCUCGUAUUCUCACUCCACAUUUAAAGUUGUUGAUUGAGUUUGGUUUAGAAGUGGGCCAGAAAGGCGAUUUGGAAGAUUCCGUCCGGGUGAAAGCCAUUACAUUCGUUGGAUGCCUCGUUAGGUUGAAAAAGAAAAUGAUCAUCAAGCAGAAACUGGUGGAACCGAUUGUCAUUGCGCUUUUCCAACUGAUGAGUGUUGCUCCCGAUCUGGAGGACGAGGAUGAGGAGUACUUUGGCAGCAACGAAAUUUCCACCCCAAGCACUUGUGCAGCUCAGUCGAUGGAUGUACUCGCUUUGCAUAUUCCUCCGAAACAGCUUAUUCCAACGUUGAUGGGUCUGCUAGAACCCGCUCUGCGUGGAAGCGAUCCGCUGGCGAAGAAAGCUUCCUAUCUAUCGAUUGCUGUGAUUGCGGAAGGAUGCUCGGAACACAUUUGCAACAAAUAUCUCAAACCGUUGCUUGAUGUUAUCAAAACCGGAAUCACCGAUCCCAAUCCAAUGAUUCGAAAUGCGGCGCUGUUCGCCCUCGGUCAGUUCUCCGAACAUCUUCAGCCUGAAAUCACUCAAUAUGCUGAGGAGAUUCUUCCCAUUCUGUUUGAGUUCCUGCAGCAGCUUUGUUUGCAAAUCCGUAGCGGCGGAAAGGAACCGCCGCAUAUUGACCGUGUGUUCUAUGCCCUGGAGACUUACUGUGAGAAUCUGGAGGAACAGCUGACACCUCAUCUGCCCAUUUUAAUGGAGCGUCUGUUUGAAUCGCUCGACGCACGUAACACGGUGCAUUUGAGGGAACUUUCACUGGCUGCCAUAGCCGCUACAGCCAAUGCUGCCAAAACGAAUAUGUUGCCAUACUUUCCUCGCCUAAUCGACAAUCUCAAGAUGUACCUGGUGAAAACGGACGAUGAAAACAUUUGCGCAUUGCGUCCCCAGGCCAUCGAUACAUUCGCCGCUUUGGUGAGAACUAUUGGAAAAGACAAUUUUCUCCCGCUGGCAGUCGAUACACUCAACUUGGGACUCACAAUGCUGGACGGAUGUGACGAUCCUGAUCUGAGACGAAGCUGCUACAAUCUGUUCGCCUCGAUGGCUUCAUCCAUUAAGGAAGACAUGGCUGGUUCGCUAACCAAAAUUGUUGAAUCCAUGCUCGAGAGUGUUAAGAGCACCGAAGGUAUUGUGCCUACAUUCAAAGACGACGGGGACGACGGUCUUGUGGUGCUGAACGGUGCCAACGAGGACGAAGAAGAUGACAAGGAGUACGACAUUGAGAAUUCAGACAAUGAAAACGAGGAUGACGAUGAUAUUGCGGGAUACAGUGUAGAGAACGCUUAUAUGGAUGAAAAGGAAGAGGCAAUACUGGCGCUGAUGGAGUUCGCAGAGCAUACCGGGCCGGCGUUUGCACCUUUCAUUCAAACUGCUUUUGAAGAAAUUUACAAACUCAUAAACUACCCGAACGAGGAUAUUCGCAAAGCUUCCAUCGAUGCGCUGAAGCAAUUUGCCAUUUCACUACACGAGCUAGGAAACACGGAAGGGGUGAGCCAAACCAUUCUCAUUCUGAUUCCUAAACUGAGCGAAAUCAUCCGUACCGAUGAGGAGCGAACAGUUGUGAUGUCAGCGCUGGACGGAUAUUGUGAUAUUAUGGAGAAGGUUGGUGCUGCGGCCCUGCAAGCGGAUGGUCAGAAGGACGCCAUCUUUGGUUGUAUCGUCGAUGUGCUUAACGGAAAGGUCGCAUGUCAAUUCGACGAGCCAAUUGACGAGGAACAGGAGGAAAGUGAAUACGACGAGGCCAUCAUUGAGUCUGCUGGCGAUAUACUGCCUAAAUUUGGUCGAGCUCUACCACCGGAAGAGUUUGCCGUGUACUUUGGGCGAAUUUGGCCAUACUUUAUCCAGAAAAUUGAAAAAACAAAGCAAAAGGACGAAACAACUGACUCACAGCGCGCAUUUGCGAUUGGCGUACUGUCCGAGUGUUUCAGCGGGUUGAAGCAAUUUACGACGAACUGGAUCGAUACACUGUUGCCAAUUUUCGUUCUGUGUGUGCAGGAUCGCAACAAUGAGGUACGAAACAAUGCAGUGUAUGGUAUUGGUGAAAUGGUCCUACAUGGAAACGAAUGCUCCUACAAGCACUAUCCUCAGAUAUUGACUUCCUUGUCCAGUGUGGUUUCCAAGGAACAACAUCCUGGUACUCUGGACAACAUUUGCGGAGCACUGGCCCGACUGAUUACCACAAACAGCAGCCUGGUUCCAAUGAAAGAGGUACUUCCAGUGUUCGUUCAAUAUCUACCACUACGUGAAGACUUCGAGGAAAACAUGGCCGUUUUCCGUAGCUUGGAUGUGAUAUAUCGACAAGGAAACGAUAACCUCAUACCGCUGUUGGGUCGCGUUCUAGUUGUAGGAUUACAAGUUUUGUACAAGAAGCAACACAACAAUGAUGAGUGUCGCGAUCUAAUCUUCAACUUCGUGAAACAAAUCAGUAAGGACUUUCCGGAACGUUUCGCCGAGGUGGUAGGUAGCGAUGCCGAGAUUGCCAACUUCGUCCAGACGCUUCCGCUUCAGUAGAAGUCGGCCCGGGUGCAUUUAAUGCGCAAACUGUUCGUAUCGUAUAUCGAUCCCUAUCUGCAAACAUGCGUGCGUCGUGUCGAGAAGCAAAGCGAUCAGAAUAAAUCGCUCAACGGCGCCACAACACGACUUGUAUUCGAGGAUCACAACUGAAUGAGCGAUAGAAAUAGAUGUUCCAUUGUAAGGGCCAAAACGGGGAAACUGAUAUAGGGGGAAAGCCGGACUCUCAUUUCUCGGCAGAUAUAUUUUACUCAACUCUAGAUAGGUUUCUAGAUCUUCGCAACAGAAACGGAAUAUUACUCGCUGUUCAGAUGCUUUACUAUUACUUUUAUUCCUAAAAUCAGUUACAGAUACUACAAUAUUAACAAUGACACGUUGAAGUUUAUUUAUCCUCUCUGAAUUUAGUUUAUUGUUAUUGCAUAUAAACGCAUCGUAUAGAAUAUGCAUAUAUAUCUACGCAUCGUAUGUUUUUACUGUUCUAUAUAACCCGAGCGCGGAUUCAUUACAAAACUAGACACACCGGCCAGCGCAUGCAGGAAAUACGAAAGUGAUUUACGAAACUAGAGCCUAAAUAUAUAGAAAAGGCAACCGAAGACACUAUUUUGUCUAUGUGCGAGAAACUCAUGCAAGUGGUUCGAAAACACACAAACACUCACAUACACACAUACAAAUGAGCGAUAGAAAAGAUAUUUUAUCGCGUACGCGAAUACAAUAAAAAAGGUAGACUAAAUGAAACAUUCACAGUAGGUCUAACAGUGAAUCGAAAUCAAUUAUUGUCAUUUACAAUAAAUAAAUCGUAUUUGAAAUUACAAAAGAAUAUUAUUGUAUCGUAUAGCAUGGAAUUAAAUGCAUUUUUUAUCUCAA